CCCGGGGUGCUCAGCUUGGCUGUCAGGCUGGCCCGGCAUUUAGCCGGGAGCCGAGCUCCGGGCUCUGCAGGCCAGGCCUGGCACCACUGCCCAGCCCAGGCACGGCGGCGGGAGCUGUGGGGGGCGGGCCCGGAGGUCCCGUGGCCAGGCAUCUCCAGGUGGUUUCCCCCGCCUGGAGCUCCGGAGGGCGACCGGGCCCGCCGCCGCGUGACUAGCCGGAGUCACGCUGAGCUUAAUCACUACUAGCUUGUGCUCCCGCCGGCCGCGCUCACCUUCUUCAUCUGCGCGACCGAGAGGGUUUCUCUUAAGUGGCUUGUUCUGAAAUGCCAAAGGCACCUGACUAUUCAGAACUGAGUGACUCUUGCACGCUUGCAGGGGGAACAGCAAGAUUUUCGGGACCACUGCACAGAGCAUGGAGAAUGAUGAACUUCCGUCAGCGGAUGGGAUGGAUUGGAGUGGGAUUGUAUUUGCUAGCAAGUGCAGCAGCGUUUUAUUAUGUUUUUGAAAUCAAUGAGACUUACAACAGGUUGGCAUUGGAACACAUUCAGCAGCACCCUGAGGAGCCAAGGGAAGGAACCACAUGGACACACUCCUUGAAAGCUCGGUUACUUUCCCUGCCCUUCUGGUUGUGGACAGUUAUUUUCUUGAUACCGUACUUACAGAUGUUUUUGUUCCUUUAUUCUUGUACGAGAGCGGAUCCUAAAACGGUGGGCUACUGUAUUAUUCCCAUAUGCUUGGCAGUUAUCUGCAAUCGCCACCAGGCAUUUGUCAAGGCUUCUAAUCAGAUCAGCAGACUCCAACUGAUUGACACGUAAAACGAGUCACCGGUUUCUCUUAUUACAAGACUGUCAGUGCUGUUUAGUGGCUGACCUAAGACUGCAGUUUCUUCACAGGUCUCGUCUCAGGAAGUUGUGGUGGAACAGAGACUUAAAAAAAAAAAAAAAAAAGGGACAAGAGGACUGACUACUUUAUCCGAAUAAUGACUUUUUAGGUAAAGCCUGAAACAUAGUACUACAGAAUCAUGUUGAUGACUUCAGAUUUUGGAAGUAAAAUAGUGGCUUGUAAUUUGCAGUCUUUAGAAACUUGAAUAAGCACCUGAAUUUUUUUAAUUUCUAUUCUAUGUGCAACAUAGUAUGAUUCAGAAAUUUUUCCGUUGGGGAAAACAAUGAAUAUUUCCAUUGUGUUAAAUGUAAAAAGGUCUGACCAUGAUCAUAAAAUUUAAAUUUUAUACAAUUACUGUGCUUGCUUUAAAGCUCUUCAGACUAAGAUACUGAUCCUGUUGGAACUACUGCUUGCUUGUUUUCAAUUUACAAGGGAUUGAUACAAGA